AUGGAUAUCUCAGCGGAGAAGAAUGUCAUCGAGCAACUCGACCACAUCGAUGCCGUCAAUCUGGCAAAGGCAUCCGAUGUCACCCAGCUCGUAGAACAAGAUCUUGUGCCAUGGUACAGGAAGAAGAAUCUUCGAACCUUGUACAUCGCUCUUGUUCCUUCCGCCUUAGGAGUCGAAAUGACUUCUGGUUAUGAUGGAAGUGUGCUGAACGGUCUCCAGGCCGUUAAGUCCUGGCUCGAUUACUUCAACAAUCCUCGAGGUGCUAUUCUUGGUAUCGUCACGGCUGCUUUCUCCCUCGGUGCUGUUGGUGCCAUUCCUGCUGUUCCUUGGGUCAAUGAUCGUUUUGGUCGAAAGGCUAGUAUCAAGCUUGGUUCUGUGUUUAUCCUCAUAGGCGUCAUUCUCCAAACUGCAUCUGUCAACAUUGCCAUGUUCUUGGUUUCCCGAUUCAUUUUGGGAGCUGGUAUUCCAUUCGCUAUCAACGGUGCAUCCCAGCUCAUCGCUGAGUUGGCAUACCCCAAAGAGCGUGGUGUCAUCACUGGUCUUUUCAACGAGUCCUGGUAUGUCGGGUCGAUCCUUGCAGCUGCCAUCACUCUCGGAACAUAUCAAAUGAGCAGCACCUGGGCGUGGCGACUCCCAUCAUUGUUUCAAAUCAUCCCCUCCUUGCUCCAAAUCACCUUCAUUUGGUUCGUCCCCGAAUCCCCCCGUUGGCUCGUUUCCCAGGACCGUUCCGAGGAAGCAUUCGAUAUCCUGGUCAAAUACCACGCGGAAGGCAACCGCGACGAUCCCUUCGUUAUCGCUGAAUUCAGACAAAUCCGCGAAACCAUCCACCUCGAGAAAGAAGCCUCAAACUCCAGCUGGAUUGAGCUCUUCAAGAGCCGCGCCAAUCUGCACCGUCUCCUGAUCGCCUCCUGCAUCGGCCUUUUCUCCCAAUGGUCCGGCAACGGCCUCGUCUCUUACUACCUGGCCGAAGUCCUCGCAACAAUAGGAAUCACCGAUACUCGCCGCCAGAACCAAAUUAACCUCGGGCUGCAAUGCUGGAACCUCGUUUCCGGGGUCUCGGGUGCUCUCAUCGCCAAAAGUCUCCGCCGGCGCUGGCAAUAUCUUCUCUCCUUUGGCGGCAUGACCGUCGUCUUCGCGUGCUGGACGGCUGCUUCUGCGAUUUUCGCGCAGAAUGGCAACCAUAAUGCUGCAUCUGCGGUCGUUGCAAUGAUCUUCAUCUACUACGGAUUUUACAAUCUCAUGCAUCCCUUGACGUAUAUGUACCUCACAGAGGUGUUCCCUUUCAUCUCGCGGUCGAAGGGAGUCGCGAUCACUCAGUUCUUCUCACGUGCUGGAAGCUCGUUCAAUCAGUUUGUCAACCCGAUUGGCCUGGGUAAUCUCGGGUGGAAAUUCUACCUUGUCUAUAAUGUCUGGUUGGCCUGCGAGACGGUGGUUAUUUUCUUUGGAUACUCCGAGACGAAGGGCCCUACUCUGGAGGAGUUGUCUAUUGUUUUCGAGGGUAAAAAGGCAAAUGUCGAGUUGGUUCACGUUAGGAACAAGGAGGGUGCACCAGAGACCGGACAGAAUGAGAAGAUUUGA